CUGACACUAUAACAAUGGCUGCCAGUUUCAAAUGCUUUGCUCUUCUUUUGCUUUGCGUAACAUCGUUCACUAACGGUGGCAUCACCAUAAUCAAGAAUGCCUUCAGUCUUCCUAAUAAGGUAGACACUGGCGUGACACUAUCAGGUCGUACCCUAAAAUACCAAUGCCGGCAUCUACAGCCAGCGUUCGGUCCGCUUACUGCCGUUUGCCAGACCAUCACCAAAUGUCCGCCUGGUUCGGUCCAAGCGCGGGUAAAAAGCAGCGUGCCACAGCAGUUUACCGCCAAGACAGCUUUGUACCAUGUUGACUGGCAAUGCGAAGGAGAAAAUCGGAUUAUGCUUGUCGAUUACCAACCAGAGAAGGGCACAGUCGGCCUGAAGGACGCAAAUAAUGGAAGUACGGUGAUCCGCCAGGACACGCCUUACUUCGCCACUUGCGCUUUCUUUGAAGAUAAAGCCAAGAAAAACAUAGUGGAGUGCUACAAUUACGAAUACUGUUCAUAUCGACUUGGUAAAUUGGUGUGCGCCGGCAUACCAGCCUACGGCGGAACUUGGACUGGCGAUAUUAAAACUGGAUUGAAUGGGAAAUUUGACGCCAUAAUGCAACCUAACCGGAACAAGACUUGUAAUCAAGAUCUGCCGGCAGUUCUUGGGAAAGAGCAAAAAGCAAACGAAAAGCUGAAGCGCAGCCGAAAAAGCCGAAAUGUUCGUGCAAGCAAGCGCGUGAUGAAUUGUUCAUACCUUUGGCUUUGGAUAGUUUGGGGCCGAGCUGCACCAGCGACGGCAAAUAUGCCAAAUUGCAACUUAGUCCUCGCGGGACAACGGUGGGGUGCGUCGAUGAGAAUAACAAUCCAACAACUCCGGCUGUUAACGUGCCGGCGGAAGCUAUUCCAGCUUGCAAGUGAAUAUAAAUGCGCCCUAACAUGCCUCUAAGUCUACUAUUCCACAAGUUGAGGCGCAAUAACAAACAGUUACCUUGUAUGAAUUCUGGUCCAGGAGUUCUGACAAUCCUAUAACGGCCAUGCACAGUGAGCUUUGUAUUGACCAUAUUGAAACGUUGUUAGCAGUGAUACUGCCGCUGUAAGUGGAAUUUGUGUUAUCUCACCGGUCUUUAGAGGCGGAAGCC